AUGUGAUAUAAUCCGUAAAGCUUCUUCCACUCUAAAUCCCACAUGAGAUUCACAAAAGAUAUGCUUCCUCCACUAUAACACCCAUCAUGAGAUUCACUUCGUAAGAUUCUCCAAAGCCAUUUUCACAGUACCCAAAAAUUAUGGAUCGGAAUGGACGGAGAGGGGGGGUGGAGGAGGAGAGUGGGUUCGACGAGGAUCCAAAUCCCAAAGACGACAAGAAAGCAGCAGGGGAAGACGUGAUGUCGAUUGAGAGGGUGUUCGAUAUGCAGGAGGUGCCGUCGUGGAGGCGGCAGCUGACGGUGAGGGCGUUCGUGGUGAGUUUCGUCUUGAGCGUACUGUUCAGUUUCAUAGUGAUGAAACUCAACCUCACCACCGGGAUUAUUCCCUCUCUCAACGUCUCCGCUGGCUUGUUGGGCUUCUUCUUUGUCAAGACUUGGACCAAGAUGCUUCAGAAAUCUGGGCUCCUCAGGCAGGCGUUUACCCGCCAGGAGAACACCGUCAUCCAGACCUGUGUCGUUGCCUCCUCCGGAAUCACAUUCAGCGGGGGAUUUGGGAGUUACAUGUUUGGUAUGAGCGAAGCCAUUGCCAGGCAAUCAGAUGAUACCAGUGACUACAAGAACCCUUCGCUAGGAUGGAUGUUUGGCUUUCUUUUCAUUGUUAGCUUUCUUGGCCUCUUCUCAGUGGUGCCUCUUAGGAAGAUCAUGAUUAUAGACUUCAAACUGACAUAUCCAAGUGGUACUGCAACUGCUCAUCUUAUCAACAGUUUCCACACCCCUGAAGGAGCCAAGCUAGCAAAGAAGCAAGUGAAAGCAUUGGGCAAGUUCUUUUCUCUCAGCUUCUUAUGGGGUUUCUUUCAAUGGUUUUUCACUGCUGGAGAUGAUUGUGGUUUUGCAAACUUCCCAACAUUUGGGCUGAAAGCAUAUAAAUACAAGUUUUACUUUGACUUCUCAACAACAUACAUUGGAGUAGGGAUGAUCUGCCCAUACAUCGUUAACAUAUCAUUGCUGCUUGGUGGAAUUCUUUCAUGGGGUCUAAUGUGGCCUCUCAUUGAAACUAGAAAGGGUGACUGGUAUGGUGCUAAGCUUCCCUCAAGCAACAUGCAUGGCCUACAAGGUUACAAGGUGUUUAUCGCCAUUGCCAUGAUUCUAGGUGAUGGUCUAUACAACUUUUUCAAGGUGCUAGGUCGAACCAUUUCAGGCUUGUUUCAUCAAGUACGACAGAAAAAUGCUCUCCCUGUUGCAGAUCACCCCUCUACAGAGAGCCCAAAGCAGCUUUCUUAUGAUGACCAGCGCUGAACCCAACUCUUUCUUAAAGAUCAAAUCCCAGCAUGGUUUGCUGUUGCAGCUUAUGUCACGAUUGCUGUCAUCUCUACCAUCGUUCUGCCACACAUCAUUCACCAACUCAAAUGGUAUUACAUAUUGGUCAUCUACAUCUUUGCACCAGCACUGGCUUUCUGCAAUGCAUAUGGGUGUGGACUUACUGAUUGGUCCUUGGCUUCUACCUAUGGAAAGUUAGCCAUCUUUGUGAUAGGGGCAUGGGCAGGAUCACAUGGGGGAGUUCUUGCAGGGCUGGCAGCCUGUGGAGUCAUGAUGAACAUUGUUUCAACAGCCUCCGACCUAAUGCAGGAUUUCAAGACCGGUUAUCUGACUCUGACUUCACCUCGAUCAAUGUUUAUUAGCCAAGUGAUUGGCACAGCAUUUGGAUGCACCAUUUCUCCUUGUGUCUUUUGGCUGUUCUACAAGGCAUUUGGGGACCUGGGAAAUCCUGAAAGUACAUAUCCAGCUCCUUAUGCUAUUGUAUACCGCAACAUGGCAUUAUUGGGGGUACAAGGUUUCUCUGCUUUGCCAAAAGAUUGCCUCUUGCUUUGUUAUGUAUUCUUUGGGGCAGCCAUCCUAAUAAACUUAAUCAGGGACCUGGCAGGUAACAAAGUGGGGAGGUUUUUCCCACUUCCCAUGGCAAUGGCAAUACCUUUCUACUUGGGACCAUACUUUGCAAUAGACAUGUGUGUCGGGAGCUUGAUAUUGUUUGUGUGGGAGAGGGUAAACAAGGCCAAGGCAGAUGCUUUUGGGCCAGCGGUGGCUUCUGGUUUGAUCUGUGGGGAUGGUCUAUGGACUUUGCCUAGUUCAAUACUUGCUUUAGCAGGCGUUAAACCCCCAAUUUGCAUGAAGUUUCUGUCAAGGGCAACAAACGCUAAGUUUGAUCAGUUCAUGACUCAUAAAAGUGAAGUGUAGUCUAUGAUUAUGUAAC